AUGAUCAUUGUCACCUUCUUCUGGAUAGGAAUUACUCUGAGUGCCAUAUGGACUUUCUACAGGGUCGUCCUGUACCCCUAUGGCAUAUCGCCGUUGAGGACUCUACCUCAGGCCGAGCGCGGCCACUGGUUAUGGGAUCAUGCCUUUUCCGAGUUCCUCCAACCCAUUGGCCAAUUGCACGCGGAGCUCUUGUUGCACGUACCCAACGACGGUAUGAUCUGUCUACGCGGCCUGUUUGGCGAACCCAAGAUCUUCCUGACGUCCCCCAAGAGCCUGGCCGAUGUUCUUGUCCACCGGGCAGACGAUUUCGAGAAGCUCCCAGGCGAGCGGAAGAUCCUCAGAGCUGUGGUCGGUGAUGGUCUUGUUACGGCCGAAGGUGAUGUGCAUCGCCAGCAGAAGCGAAAGCUGCUGGCUGGCUUCACGCCACCACAUAUCCGUGCCAUCUAUCCGGUCUUGUGGAAAGAGGCGGCCGCGCUGACCCAGCAGAUUAAGCGAACCCUGACCCAUGAUGGGUCCGGGAUUUAUACAGGGACCACAGACAUGGUCUACUGGGCACCACGGGUCAGCAUGGAUAUGAUCGGAGCAGCCGGCUUUGGCCAGUCUUUUCAUUGUGUGCGCGACGCGGACAGCGAGAUCAUCCACUGCUAUGAGAAAGCCUUCGCGACCGAAGCAGGACAUUUGGUGUGUGUCUUCGCUGACACCCUGCUUCCACGGAUCAUCCUACAAUGGCUACCAUGGCCCCAAUGGCGGCGAUUCCGCCAGAAUAUUGACUGCAUCCGAGACUUUUGUCAUCAAUGGGUGACUGAUGCCAAGGCGACGAGUGUCGGGGAUGGGAUACCAAGCAAUCUGCUGGCGAAUAUGAUCCAUACCGGCGAAUAUACAUUUCAGGAGUUAAUCGAACAGGUCCGGACCUUCCUAGCGGCUGGGCAUGAAAACACCUCCUCGGUGGUGAUGUGGGUCAUGCUGGCCCUCGCCUCCAAUUCUGAGUUGCAAUCUCGCCUCCGUCACGAGUUGCAGGCGAACCUCCCGGAACGUGAGUUAGACGAGGUCGACCUGGCGAUCCUCGAACAGCUGCCUCUUCUGAAUGCCGUCGUGAGUGAGGCUAUUCGGCUGUUCCCCCCAUUACCGAUUGGCAACCGCAUCGCCAUUCGGGAUACCACCGUCAUGAACCAUCCGAUUCCCAAAGGGACGCCCUUUUUGAUCGUGCCAAGAGCCAUCAACCGGUCCUUCGAACUCUGGGGUCCCGAUGCCGAUCGAUUCAAUGCGGACCGAUGGAUCAAUCCCGACACGGGUCGUUUUAAUAACCAUGGUGGUGCAAGCAGCAACUAUUCCUUUCUCUCAUUUUUCCACGGACCCCAUAACUGUAUUGGACAAAAUUUUGCGCGGGCUGAACUCCGGACGGUCGUCGCUGCGGUCAUUCGAUCGUUUGAUAUGGUCCUUGACAAUCCCGCGGCCGAUGUCUCCCCCGUGGGGUGGUUCACUCCGCGGCCAGCAGACGGGGUGAAAGUGAAGCUGCGCUCGCUGAUGUAA